CCUCCUUGCCCCCUUCUCUCUCUCUAACCUCGGAUCCUAGUAGAAAUCGAUCCGACCCGGACAACGAUCCAUGGGUGUUCCGGCGUUUUAUCGGUGGCUGGCUGACCGGUACCCGCAGUCAAUUAUUGAAGUGGUGGAGGAAGAGCCGGCCGGAGAGAAUGGGGUCGACGUGUCGAAACCGAAUCCCAAUGGCAUAGAGUUUGAUAACUUGUAUCUGGACAUGAACGGGAUCAUUCACCCUUGCUUUCACCCCGAGGGCAAGCCUCCACCUACCACCUACAAUGAUGUAUUCAAAUCAAUAUUUAAUUACAUUGAUCAUCUCUUCUCAUUAGUUCGUCCAAGGAAGCUUCUUUAUUUGGCAAUUGAUGGGGUUGCACCAAGGGCUAAAAUGAAUCAACAACGUUCUCGGCGCUUCAGAACUGCAAAAGAUGCGGCUGAGGCAGAAGCUGAGGAGGAAAGGUUAAGGAAAGAAUAUGAAGCUGAGGGGAGAAGUUUGACCCCUAAAGAAACACCUGAAACUUCUGACUCAAAUGUUAUUACUCCUGGAACUCAAUUCAUGGCAGUGCUCUCAGUAGCACUUCAGUACUAUAUACAAUCUAGAUUGAACCACAACCCAGGGUGGCGAUAUACAAAGGUUAUUCUUUCUGACUCAAAUGUACCGGGUGAGGGGGAGCACAAAAUCAUGUCAUACAUUCGAUUGCAACGUGACCUUCCUGGUUUCAAUCCAAACACUCGCCAUUGUCUAUAUGGUCUGGAUGCAGAUCUGAUUAUGAUAUCAUUAGCUACACAUGAGGUUCAUUUUUCUAUUUUAAGAGAGGUGGUUACGCUGCCUGGGCAUCAGGAAAGAUGUUUUCUCUGUGGUCAGGUUGGUCAUCUGGCAGCUGAAUGUCGUGGUAGGCCAGGUAAUGAAGCUGAAAAUCGGAAUGCAGUGGAUGAUACUCCAAUUCACAAGAAGAAAUAUCAGUUUCUCAAUCUGUGGGUGUUACGAGAGUAUCUGCAAUAUGAUAUGGAGAUUCCCAACCCUCCAUUUGAGAUCAACUUUGAACGGGUUGUAGAUGAUUUUGUCUUUCUGUGCUUUUUUGUUGGCAAUGACUUUCUUCCACAUAUGCCAACAUUGGAGAUCCGGGAGGGUGCCAUAAAUUUACUGAUGCAUGUUUAUAGAAGUGAGUUUGCUGCUAUGGGUGGUUAUCUUACUGAUGCGGGUGAGGUUUUGUUAGAUAAGGUUGAACACUUUAUCCAGUCUGUUGCUGUUUAUGAAGAUCAAAUCUUUCAGAAGCGGGCUCGAAUUCAGCAGGCUUUUGAGAAUAAUGAAGAAAUGAAACAUAAAUCAAGAAGAGUGUCUUCUGAAGAGAUACAGGCUCCAGUGGUAGACAAGAUCAAGCUUGGGGAGCCCGGAUACAAAGAAAGGUAUUAUGCUGAGAAAUUUAAUGUAUCAGAUUUGGAGGAAAUUGACAAAGUUAGAGAAGAUUUAGUAUUAAAGUAUGUGGAAGGUUUAUGUUGGGUCUGCCGGUAUUACUACCAAGGCGUUUGCUCCUGGCAAUGGUUUUAUCCCUACCAUUAUGCUCCUUUUGCUUCUGAUCUGAAAGAUCUUGUUGAUUUGGAAAUUACUUUUUUCUUGGGGGAGCCUUUUAAACCCUUUGAUCAGCUCAUGGGAACACUGCCAGCAGCAAGUUCAAGUGCUCUGCCAGAAAAAUACAGAAAAUUGAUGACCGACCCUACAUCACCUAUCCUUCAAUUCUAUCCGUCUGAUUUUGAGGUUGACAUGAAUGGCAAGCGCUUUGCAUGGCAGGGUGUUGUCAAGUUGCCGUUCAUUGAUGAGAAGAAGUUGCUUGCUGCAACAAAGAAGCUUGAAGGAACUUUAACGGAGGAAGAGAAGGUUCGGAAUAGCAAGAUGUUUGAUUUACUUUAUGUGCAUCCUGGUCAUCCUAUGGGUUCACAAAUUAUCCAGUAUUAUAGAACCUAUUUCCAUUUACCCCCACAUGAGAAAUUUCUUUGUGAGAUUGACACAAAUGCUAGUGGUGGAAUGAAUGGAUACCUUUGGUUAUGUGAGAGAAAUAACAUAAAAAGUAUAGUCCCUUCCCCUGUCAGUGGAUUGCAAGACAUAUAUAACAACCAAAUUUUAAAUGUAACAUACCUUAAUCCUCGGAGCCACAAGCACAUCCCAGAACCUUCAAAACAUGUAGUCAUGCCCAAAAAGGUUUUAACACCUAUAGAUGUUAAACCAUUCCCUCUGUUAUGGCAUGAAGACAACACUGGUUUCCGGCGGCAGCAUGGCAGAGAAAGGCCACAAGUCCCUGGAGCAAUAGCAGGUCCAUUACUGGGAGAGGCAGCUCAUCGCCUUGUAAAGAACACACUUAACAUCAAAACUAAUGAUCCAUCUGCCAGAUUUUGGGAGCAAUCGUCUUAUCAAAACUUCCCAGGCAACCAUACAGUCAGCAGACCAAGGCCGACUGGAUCCUCUGGGUACCAAAGGGGCUUUACUGAAGACCCAAAUUAUUACCAUGCACAUUACAAUAAUUUUCAAGGGAUGACGGGUAAACCUAGGUUGCACCUCAUAUCAAAUGGUGUGCAAGGUGACAGGCAGACUUAUAGGACGCAAGAUAGAUCACAACAUCAAGAACCGCUCCGCAACCUGAGGACUGGGGUAUCUGCUUUGACAAUAGAAGAAAGUGCGAGAACCAGACCAACUGCAAUGAUGUCACCUAGGCUACCUGCAAUGAUGUUACCAAGGAUGCCAAAUUUAGGACACGCAACAAAUCUACCCAACCAGCUUGUGCAGAAUGUGGGGGCUCCUCCAACACCACCCCCCACGUGGAUCAAUAAAGUACCAACUGCAAAUGGCCCAAUAUAUACUAGACAAGAGAAUGAAUCCUGGGGAACUUAUGAGAAGCCAGUGAAGAAGGUUUACCAGGUUAAAACUUGCAGUCCCCAGGAUAUAUCAGAUUCUGGAAACUAUUUCCAGAAUACGUCAGGUACUGGACAUUAGCAGUGAUGGUUGUGGUUUGGGUUAAUCUUGCCUGUUUCCCCCCGUCUGAGGUUUCACCAUGGCAAUAUUGUUCUCUCCAUUCUUUCUAUUAUAUCACAGAAAAAGUUUCGGCCAGUUUCAUUUCCGAGUUUUACAAUGCACAGCAAUAUGUGCCAGUCAAUGUACAUUUGUCCACCCAAAGCUGCAUGUUGCCACAGGAACUGAAUAUAAAACUUGAAUACAAGCCACAGAAAGUUUGGAACGAAUGUGAGUCAUUUUUUUAAGAUACUGGGUUCACCAAUUGACACAGACUUGCUUGAGCUAUAUUAGAGAUUAGCUUAUUAUUGGGUUGUUAGAGGACACUAGUUGGUCGUAGUUGAUUUAGCAUGGGAAUUAGCUCUCGUCUGUCUUUCAAUUUCGUUAUUCUUUGUUCUCCCUUGGUGUAAGGGAGUAAUACCAAGUACGGAAUUGUACAUUUCAGUCGGCAGGGAGGCUGCUUUUGUGUCUGUGUACUUAAGAUGUAAUCAAUGUGUAAGUUGUUCAUUCUGUUCAA